GAAAUCUUUCGAUACUGUGCAAGCACGCAUGUCUUAUUCAUCCUGGACGUCAACGGCCUUGCCUCAUACCACGGCCGGCGUUGUAAGGUCUCAAUCCCCGGCAUCGGAACGCUGGAGGCUGUUGGACGGGGUAUGAUGUCGUUGAAAUGAGUGCAUUCGCUCUCCGCAAGAGGCUUCUAGAAAGCCAAGACGAGUCCUCUUCGCCAGGGACCAGCCCCAGUCCUGUAGUGUCUGCCAUAAAUGACACAAACCCACCUCAAGCAGCCAGAAGCCCCCGGAAAACAGGCUCGAGGCAGAAAAGAGCUCGCAAGGAUGGCCAGCAAGGCCAAGUGCAGGAGGCAGCGCUACAGCUUGUCCCGCCACUGGGUAGCACCAUUUCUGUCGUAAACCAGACGCAGCCACUUGGACAGGAUGACCUGGACGGAGUCAAUACUCCUCCGUUGGAAACUGUACCAACCGUGCAGGAACCGGCACAGCCAGCAACCAUAUUGUCAACUUACAGUCCCUCCAAGGCAAAUUACCGAAGGCACAAAGACGGCACAACAGUAAUCACAUUUUGUGAGGGUGAGCGCCUUGUCAUCCUUGGCAAUUACGGCAUUCGCCUGAGGUCUGGCAGAAUCACAAUAAAUGGUGCUGCUCUUGGCCCUGAGUCCAGUAUUGCAUGGGUUGACGCGCCUCAGUGCUAUGCUCUACCAGUGAUGAGGGCAGUGGAUGACGCUGUUGUUGAACUUCAUUCCCACCUCGCGAACAAGCCUGUUCGUCACCUGGCCUCAAUCUCACCAAUGUUUCGCGGUUUGUGGCUGGACGAUGCUGGGUCAACCUUCAAGAUCGUCAAAACCUCCUCGGAUGGCCCGAAACGAACUCUGUUACAAGAUUUGGUUUCUCCGCCAGAAUGGAACCGCGAGAUCGCCAGGAUCUCGAAAGCGGCGAGUCCUGAUCGCAGUACGAUCAUGGUUACUGGACCCAAAUCUUCGGGUAAAUCGACAUUCGGCAAGAUGCUUGCCAAUCGCAUCAUCUCGGAAAUGAGUCUAGGGAGGUCAGGAUUCAGAUCCAGAACAGGCCUAGCGAUCUUGGAUCUUGACCCAGGACAGCCAGAAUAUGGAGGUCCUGGUCAAAUUAGCCUCGUACACAUCCAGGGACCAGUUCUGGGACCUUCCUUCACUAGGCCGAUCCCGUUGCAAGCCAUUCAGACCAUCAGAGCCCACACUCUGGCCUCUAUAUCUCCGGCUUCGGAUCCGGAACUAUAUCUGGAAGCCGCCAAUGACCUCUACACGCACUACCGGAACACUCUCGGCUCUUCAUCUUUGAUCAUCAAUACGCCAGGCUGGAUACAGGGCACUGGCCUGGACCUUCUGGUAUCUCUCAUCGGUGACCUCCGCCCCAGCGAGGUUGUGUACAUGUCGCAGACAGGGCCAUCUGACACAGUCGAAGGUCUGUCCAUAGCAUGCAAAAACGUAACCUUCACAAUGUUGCCGUCAAGCACAACAUCGCUGGCCGCAAGAUCAGCCGCCCAGCUGCGCUCAAUGCAGCUCAUGUCCUACUUCCACGUUGAGCACAAUGGAGACAAUAAGGCAUUGAACAAAGCGUCAAAUAGCCCUGGCACUAAAGCGCCGUAUUGCUGGAUCUCUACGCCAUUGACUCAUGUGCCUCCUUGGGAAGUGGGCUACGGACCACAAGAAGGCAGUGGCAUAGCCGGCAUCAUAUGCUACGAUUAUCAAGCACCACCAGCGCUUCUUGCUGACGCGAUCAACGGCAACAUCCUCGCCAUUGUCGAAGUCGAGGACGUUCGAGCUUUUCGCGAAAUCACCGCCACGGAGGAUGAUUCCUUGACGUCCGGGAACGUUGAAACUAACAAUGUCCCCGCAAGCGAAAUGGACAUUGACCCACCAUCCACAUCUUCACCCCUACAAACUCUGAUCAAAUCCCUCGUAUACCCAACACCAGAAGGUCUCCCGCUUCUCGACACACGCGGAGCAACUUUGGAUCCGCAGUACUCGCGCUUCAUUGGCCUCGCACUAGUCCGAGGUAUCGACAAGGCCAGCCAGACCCUGCAGCUCAUCACGCCCGUUUCUAGCAGUGAGUUGGACCGUGCCUUCACUGCUGAGGAGGGACACAAGCUCGUGCUGGUGAGUGGCAAAUUUGACACACCGUCCUGGGCAUACACGGAGGACUUCUACCACCACGCUGCCGCGCAGAGGCGUGACACAGGCGGUAAAGCUACAGCAGGCGCUACUACUAGCAAUGUUGCAAGUGGCGAUGAUUCAGAUGAACAUGGCGAUCAGGGGUCUGAUGAGGAGCUGGAGGACACCGUCACCCCUACGAACACGCCGUGGAUCGAGGAACUCAAGGGCAGUCAGAAGCGUGGUAUCGCGUCUAAAGUCUGGCGGGUCAGACGUGAUCUCGGCCGCUCGAAUAAUGCUGGCGACUGA